UCCCUCUCGCGCACUGACUGACUUUGGAUGCCACACGGACCAAAGUGGCUCCUCGGGUCUGGUCUCUCUCCCUCUCCGUCCCUCUGUGUCCCUCUGUGUGUGUGUGUGUGUCGCACCUUUUUAACGGGAGUGAUGUACAAAGUCGGGAUAAAGUCGCUGCUGCUCGGGGGGCACUUGGAGCUGACGCUGUUCGUGUGCUGCGCGCUGUUUGGAGGGAUCGCCACAGAUGAAGGACGCCAUUCUGGUCCGAAUGACUCUAUUGGGCCCAUGGGAGAUCAGCAAGGUGCUAUGCCUACAGCUAAAGGUUACUUUCUGACCUUUCUGGCACCAGUCAACAACAUCACUAUAGUUCAGGGCCAGACGGCCACUUUGCAUUGCAAGGUUGCAGGAAACCCACCGCCCAGCAUCAGAUGGCUAAAAAAUGACGCUCCCGUUGUUCCGGAGGCAAAGCGGAUCACAAUAAGGAAAACAGAGUAUGGUUCUCGACUGCGUAUUCAAGAUCUGGACACAACUGACACAGGAUACUACCAGUGCGUCGCGUCAAACGGCAACAAAACCAUCACUUCUACCGGCCUGCUCUAUGUAAAACUUGGUCUAUCUCCAACUCACAGUCCACAUCACAAUAUUGAUGAUUACAAUGAGGAUGGAUUCUGUCAGCCGUACAGAGGGAUUGCAUGUGCACGAUUCAUUGGAAACCAGAGCAUUUAUGUGGAUUCCCUCCAGAUGCAAGGAGAAAUUGAAAACCGAAUUACUGCUGCGUUUACAAUGAUUGGCACUUCCACACAUCUCUCCGACCAGUGCUCACAGUUUGCCAUUCCAUCCUUCUGCCAUUACGUGUUCCCCCUCUGCGACGAUCAUUCUCGUAACCCCAAACCACGGGAGUUGUGCCGGGACGAGUGUGAAGUUCUGGAGAAUGACCUGUGCAGAACAGAAUAUAAGAUAGCCAGGUCAAACCCAAUGAUUCUUAUGCAGCUCCAGUUGCCAAUCUGUGGAGAUCUACCACUGCCUGAAAGCCCAGAGGCUGGGAACUGCAUGAGAAUUGGAAUUCCUAUGGAAAGGAUUAACAGAUAUCACAAGUGUUACAAUGGCAGUGGAGCAGAUUACCAAGGUACCAUCAGUGUGACCAAGUCGGGGUACAAGUGCCAGUCAUGGAACUCCCAAUAUCCACACAAUCAUCACUUUACCAGCUUGGACUAUGCAGAACUUGAAGGUGGACAUUCUUACUGUCGAAAUCCUGAUGGACAGAUGGACGGUCCGUGGUGCUACACACAGAGUGAGACUCUGCGUCUUGAACUCUGUGAUAUCCCUGCCUGCAAUCCACAUGAAAACAGCAAAAUGGAGAUCCUCUACAUUCUUGUCCCCAGCAUUGCCAUUCCUCUGGUCAUUGCUCUGCUCUUCUUCCUGGUCUGCAUGUGUCGAAACAAGCACAAGGCAUCUACACCUUCCCCCCAGCGUCGGCAGCUCAUGGCUUCUCCUAGUCAGGACAUGGAGAUGCCGCUCAUCAGUCCUCAUAAGCAGGGGAAAUUGAAAGAAAUCUGUCUGUCUGCAGUGCGGUUUAUGGAAGAGCUUGGAGAAGAUCGGUUUGGAAAGGUCUACAAGGGGCAUCUGUAUAGUACAGGCCCUGGUGAGCCAGCCCAGGUUAUAGCCAUUAAAACUAUAAAGGAUAAAACUGAAGUGUCGCUGAGGGAAGAAUUCAAGCACGAAGCUUUGAUGCGCUCUCGGCUGCAGCACCCGAAUAUGGUUUGCUUACUCGGCAUAGUGACCAAGGAGCAGCCUAUGAGCAUGAUCUUCAGUUACCCUUCCCACAGCGACCUCCACGAGUUCCUCGUCAUGCGCUCUCCCCAUUCCGACGUGGGCAGCAGCGACGACGACAAGACGGUCAAGUCUGCCCUGGAGCCAGCGGACUUCCUGCACAUCGUGAGCCAGAUAGCGGCCGGCAUGGACUACCUGUCCAGUCACCACGUCGUACACAAGGAUCUCGCUACCAGGAACAUCUUGGUCUGUGAUAAACUCCACGUAAAAAUAUCCGAUCUGGGCGUUUUCCGAGAAGUUUACUCUGCGGAUUACUACAAGCUGAUGGGAAACUCCAUCCUGCCAAUCCGCUGGAUGCCCCCGGAAGCCAUCGUGUUUGGCAAGUUCUCUGUCGAUUCUGACAUCUGGUCCUUUGGCGUGGUGGCCUGGGAGAUAUUUGGUUACGGCCUGCAACCUUACUGCGGCUAUGCCAACCAAGACGUCAUCGAGAUGAUCAGAAACCGUCAAGUGCUGCCUUGUCCUGACGACUGCCCAGCCUGGAUAUACAGCCUGAUGCUGGAGUGCUGGAACGAGUUUCCUUCAAGAAGGCCACGAUUUAAAGAUAUCCACACCCGACUCCGGACCUGGGAAAGCCUGUCUAAUUAUAACAGCUCAGCUCCUCCUUCUGGGGGUAGCAAUGCCACACAGACUAGCUCCCUCAGCACCAGCCCAGUCAGUAACGUCAGCAACGCAAGAUACGUAGGUCCGAAGCAAAAGCCACACUUUGCACCGCCUCAGUUCAUACCCGUCAAAGGGCAGAUGAGGCCCAUGGUUGCACCUCCGCAGCUGUACAUCCCAGUAAACGGCUACCAACCAAUGCCCGCCUAUGGUGCCUACUUGCCAAACUUUUACCCGAUGCAAAUCCAGAUGCAGAUCCCCCAGCCUGUGCCCCCACAACUGGUGCCAAAGACGGGUUCCCAUAACAGCGGAAGUGGCUCCACUAGCACAGGUUACGUCACAACUGCGCCCUCCAAUGCCUCCGGCACGGAGCGCAUUGCCUUGCUCCCCGACCAGUCGAACGGGGCAGAAGACGACCAAAACGAGCUCGCCGCCGGUGAUGAAGCCCGAGUGGCCGAGAGCCUCCAGCAGCAGCAGGAGGAGGAAAUGUUUGUGCCUGAGACCGAGCUGCUGGGUGACGCUGAGCUGCCACAGAGCAACGACGCAGAGGUCAAUACAGAAGCAUAAACUUGCGUGUGUGUAUUUUUUAAAUAUUGCAACCAAAAUCAAGGCAGAAUUUAUUACCCAGACAAAAAUAGUAAUAAAGAAAAAGAAUGUGAAGCGGCAAAGUGUUAAACCUAUAAGCCUUUUUUGCAAAAAAGAAAUUUCUGUUUUUUUAAUCAAUGUGGGCUCAGUCUCUUUGCGGCCUUUUUGUUCAAGGCUGCCUUCAACUUUUGUCUAUUGAAGCCGCUAUCCUUCCAUUCCACAUUUAGUCUCCACUGGAACAUAUACAGGUAGUAAUGAGUAAUGAUCAGUAUUGCAGGUGUGGAACAGAAGGAUGCUUUGGAGGUUCCCUACUCAGCCAAAUAAGUGAGUGUGAUUUUUCUACUGUUGCUGUGCAACUUUACACUGUCGAGCAGUACCUAGUAUUUAUAGUACACAGUAAUCUGGGUGCUGAAGAUUUGAAUUGUAGAGAAAUGGCUUUAUAAAGUGAGAGCUGGAAAGAAAUGCUAAAGGGGAACUACAACUAUUAUCGUUCGCUUCUCAUGGGAGAAACUUUCCAUGCACAUUUUUGUAUGUUUGUACAUGCAAAUUAUAGCCAUUUUAUAAACCUUUUCAGUGUGCACACUGAAGACCUUUUUAGUGACCAAUCAGUAUUGUGACCCCCCCCCCCAAUAGAAACCAAUCGGCUGGUGUCUACAGUGAGACACGGAUGAAAGGAAUAUCCUGAAGAAAAAAAGGGCACAAAGAGAAAACAGAUUGAAGAGAACUGGUCUGCACGUAACUGCAAGGUGCCAUUGGACAGAAGAGGCGUUGUUCUGUUUUCCUUGAAAACACAAUGAGGGGAAGGAGCAAAACAACAAGCCAAAGUGCAUUUCUGCAUUAACCAGCAAAGGGCCCUGUCUAGCUCCUUUAGUCUAGUUUUUGCAUGUUAAGUGUCAGAAUUGAUCAGUGUCCACUUUUAAAGCUAUUAAAUGAAAUAUUCUUGUUUUGUACAUAGGAAAGAUUAUGACUUCAGACACUCUUAAAUAAGUUUCUACUGUUUAUUUCUUCAAUUGCAAAUGUUUGCAAAACUAUUUUGCUUAUGGAGCACAUCCUAUCCGUUCCUUUGUUUUUACAAUAUUUUUUAAAAAGAAAAACUUCUGCAAGAAAUAUGCUGUACAGAAAUGAACUUGCCUUUUGGCUUUUUUUUAAAAAGAAGCCUAACAAAGGCUUUAAUUGUAAUUUAUACAUUUCAUGAUGUUUGACAAAGUUUUUUUUGACAUGCUUGAUAAUGGAACAAAUGUUUGUUUGUUUUUUAUAUAAUUUAAUUGUAAACUUGCUAAGUAAAUACUUAUUCCACUCAGUUUGGAUUUUCUUUCACUGGGUGGCCUUUAGGUUUUCUGUUAGUUUCUAAGGAGGUCUUUGCAUUCCACUUGUUAAGCACACCAGACAAUUUGCAUAACUGUAACCAGCGCACCGUUUAUAUAUUUUGUAAACCAAGCCACAUGGCAUUUCAAAUAAAGUGAUUAAACACCA